GUAACACCUUUCACUGUCCUUUGUUUUCAGUUUAGCAUACUUGGUGCUUUGCUUAAGUAGUGUGACCUGUAACAAAGAUUCCAUCCUGAUUAUAAAAUACUUGUGUGAAGUUUUUGGAUAUUAUGCUGAUCGACGUUCCGGCACUCAAAAUGUGUUUUAAAAGCGCAAGAGUUUAAAGAAGAUUAAGGCGAUUUUCAAAAAGAUGAGCACCUAUACAAAAAUGGGAAAAAAAGAGUUUAGAGAUGACAAAAAGAAAGAAGGAAAAAAAAAAGAUUGAGAACAUAAUUUAAAACUGCCUUCAUAAAUGGAAAAUGUGGUACUGAAACCAUAAGGAUAAAACUUGUUGAGUGGUAUGUGAGAAGUGACGAUAAAAAGCAGGUUAAAAAAAAGAAAAAAAAAAGCAAGCGGAAUGACUAUCGGUUUGAUACUAGUAUGUAGUUUUGAACAACUGGUAGCUACAGUUAAUGCUUGAAAGUUUAUUAUCUCUUCUCACAUGCUGUGAUAUGUCGAUAUCUGGUAACCUUGCUCCUAUUUGUUCUCCCUUGAUUAUCAAUCUGUUAUCUUUUCUUAACCAGAUAUACAACAACCUUUUCUUAACCAGAUAUAUACAGUAUUCACCGUGAUAUCAGCUGUACUACAUAGUAUCGUUAGAAUGUGUCAUUUCUAUUUCUAUGAGUGUCAUUCUGCUACUUAGUUUUCCAUGUAAUGGAAAGGAGUUUGAACGUACAUAUUUCGAGAGGGUGAUAGUGCACGGUACUUUUUAAACAGAACUAUAGGCCCUAGAUUGUAACAAUCUAAAGUGAAUUAGGUAUACGUCUUGAAGAUCUGAUUUUUUCAUCUAUUUCAAGACAAAAAUGCUAAAUAUAUCGAAGAAAACACUACAAGGGAUAGCCGCUGCAGUUGGUGGGAUUUUAGUCCACCUGACCCUUGGCAAUGUUUAUAGUUUUGGUAACAUAAUGACAUAUGGAGUAUCAUAUAUGCACUUACGUGUAAAUAAUGAUGUCACUGUUAGCAAUUUUGUGUGGGUGAAUUCCUUCACAUUAGCUGCACAAGGACUAUUUAUGGUCUUAGGUGGCUUACUUGAGAAGCGUGUGGGUCCCAGGCUUACAUGUUUAAUGGGAUGCUCAAUAUUUAGUGGAGGAAUAAUGUUGACCUUCUUUACUAUAAACUAUUCACUGGCAACUGUUUAUUUAACUUAUGGAUUGAUGGCUGGACUAGGCACUGCAAUAGCAUAUGCAUCUCCACUUGCAUGUGGCAUGAGGUGGUUUCCAGAGCACAAAGGCUUAAUCAAUGGCUUGAUAGUAGGAGGUUUUGGUCUUGGUGCCCUGCUGUCCACCACAAUUCAGACAUACUUCUUGAAUCCAGAUAAUGUUUCCCCUGAUUCAGAUGGGUACUUUAAAGAUGAUGAUCUUCUUGAUAAAGUUCCAAAUGUUUUCUUCCUUCUUGGAGGAGUGUUUAUUCUUAUGGAAUAUGUUGGCUGCAUACUUAUUAGUACACCAACAAGGAAUAUAGUAGGAGACAGAAGGUCUUUAGUUCCUGUGGAAGAUGAUCAGAACCCAACAAAUACAACAGCAUUUUGUGUCAAAGAUUUGAGUCCUAAAGAAGUUCUGAGAACAAAACUCUUCUACAUCCUCUGGUUCAUUUAUAUGUUCAAUGGAGUAGCUGUUUCGUACAUCAGUGCCAUGUACAAAACAUUUGGUCAAACCUUCAUCAAAGAUGAUCACUUCCUUGCAAUGGUUGGAUCGCUUGCAGCUCUUUUCAAUGCUUCUGGUAGAAUCUUAUGGGGAAGAAUAAUGGAUAAGACUUCUUUUAAGACUUCGCUUCGUAUACUGUCCACCCUAUUUUCAAUAUUGUUAUGUACACUUCCUACUACAAAACAUAUGGGAAAGCCUGGGUAUGCAGUAUGGAUCUGGUGUAUAUACUUGACCUUCUCAGGUACAUUUGCAGUAAUGCCUACUGCCACAGAGAAGGCAUUUGGUUCCAAGAAUUAUGCAGCUAAUUAUGGAUUAGUUUUCACAUGCCAGGCUAUAUCAAGUCCUUUGAUGGCAGUUUUAAACCAGUUGAUGCUAGAUGCAAUUGGCUUUACUGGAUGUUUGCUGACGAUGGGCGCAGUUGUCUUACUAUCUGUUGGAAUGUCCUUCUUUCUGCCUAAAGGAUUGUGAUGUCCCAUGCCUUCUCCAUCACCACUUCAAAUUAAAAUUCAAAGUCUGAUUUAUUUAUUUCUGUGAGUCAUCGGCUUAACUAGCCUAUACGUAAUAGGCUUUAAGUAAAGCUAGCACAUUAUAUAUAAGAUGAUGUAUACCAUAUAGUAUGUAAAUAAUUAAUAAAUGUUUAUAAGCUCA